GAAUUGAAGUAGCCAAGGGAGAUGGUGAUUCCUCCUCCAAUCAAGCCACCAAGAUUAACCCAGUAUCUAAAGCCAUAUGUCUUGAAGAUGCACUUCACAAACAAGUUUGUGAGUGCCCAGGUGAUCCACUCUGAAACAGCCGCUGUUGCUUCGGCUGCAAGCUCACAAGAGAAGGCAUUGCGGUCGAGCAUGGAGUCGACAAGGGAUGUGGCUGCUGCUGCAAAGAUUGGAAAAUUGUUGGGAGAGAGGCUUUUGCUUAAGGGAAUCCCAGCUGUUUGUGUGCACUUGAAAAGAGAACAGAAAUAUCAUGGUAAGGUCAAAGCUGUUAUUGAUUCUGUGAGGGAAGCAGGUAUUAAGCUUCUUUGACCCUUUUUUUUU